AUGGUGAAAAAAGGAAAAAUUCUGAUCGUAAGCUUGUAUGUAGAUGAUCUCAUCUAUACAGGAAAUGAUAAGCAGAUGAUGGGAGAAUUCAAAAGUUCAAUGAAAAAGAAAUUUGCUAUGACUGAUUUAGGCAAGAUGAAAUACUUCCUUGGAGUAGAAGUGAAUCAAACUCAACAAGGAAUAUUCAUAAAUCAACAAAAAUAUGCAUCCGAAAUUCUCACUAGAUUUGGAAUGCAGGAUUGCAACACAGUCUGCACUCCAAUUGUGUUAGAGUUGUGUCUUGCUGCAAGAUACAUGGAUAAACCAACUGAAAUGCAUGUCAUUGCAGUGAAGAGAAUUAUGAGAUACCUAAAAGGAACAAUGAUCUAUGGAAUUUUGUAUAAAAGCACUGAUGGAGAGAAUGUAACUCUAGUAGGUUGGACUGACUCUGACUAUGCUGGAGAUUAUGAUGACAGGAAAAGUACAUCUGGCUAUGUCUUUAGCAUAGGUACUAGUGCCAUAUCUUGGUCCUCAAAGAAACAACCAAUUGUCACCUUAUCAACCACUGAAGCAGAGUUCAUAGCAGCUGCAUCUAGUGCUUGUCAAGGCAUAUGGUUAAGAAAUGUGUUGAAGCAGCUAAGGCAAGAGCAGGUUACUUGUACAAAAUCUAUUGUGAUAAUAGCUCCUCAAUCAAGCUAUCAAAAAAUCCAGUUAUCCACGGAAGGUCAAAACAUAUUGAUGUGA